AUGUUUCGGUCGAAGGCUCAUUUUUUGAUGCUAGCCAAUUUAAAGUAUUUGGAGUUACAAGACUUAUUGUUGAAAAGAUUUCAAGUAUUUAAAAAUGAGGAAAUAAGAAUAUUAAAAAAAGAGAACAUGAAACGUAUUUUAUAUGAAUGGGCCAAGUUUCUAAUAAAAGAAAAUGAUAAUACAAAUAUAACAUACAUACCACAAAAAGUAUUACAAAAUAAUAAAGUUCAAGAUAUAUUAAAAAAUGAUAUAGAUUGUGAAUGGCUAGUAAAUAAAAUUCAUAUAUCAAAUGAUGAACAAAUAAAUAUUCAUUCUUCUAAUAAUUUUGAGGAAUUCAAAAAAAAAAAAGAUGCUCUCCAUUUUGAUGAAUAUCCAAAUUUAUUUUAUUAUGAAUAUCCACAAUUUCCUUAUAAUUAUUAUGAUAAAAAAAAAAUGUCUAAUUUUUAUUCUCUUAUCAAAUUUCCAUAUCAAGAUAUUUUAAACAUUUCAAAAAAUAUAAAAAAUAUGUCAAAGGAGGAAGAACAAAAAAAGGAAAAUCAUCAAAUCAACAAUAAUGUAUCUAAUAACGAAGAAAAUAAAAUAAAUCAAGAUAUUGUACAUAUGAAUAAUAAUAAUGUUAAUUAUACAGAUCAUAGUUAUGUGUAUGCUCCAUGCGAAAUGGAAACAUCAAAGGAAAAUUAUAACCAAACACAAAUAGAUUAA